CAGCAGCAGCAACAACAACAACAUCAGCGGCAGCAAGGAGUCCGCUCGUCGCCCUCGCCCGCCAUGGCUUCUUCCCCCCUCCUGCUGCUGCUGCGGGCCUCGCUCGCCAGGCGAGGCGCGCCUCUGUUGUCAAGGCAACAGGGCUUGGGCGAGCAGCGGAGACGCGCGAGCGAUGACAAGUCGAGGCCUCACGCCUCUCACUUCCCGGCACAGGCAGCGCCCAUGCUGCCCCCUGGAACCUUCGCCGGCAAAGUAGCGUUUGUGACGGGUGGUGGCACGGGGCUGGGCCGGGGCAUGGUGUCCAUGCUGUCUGCCCUUGGAGCUCAGUGCGUCAUCGCCAGCAGGAAACUGGACGUUCUGCAGCAGACAGCAGCAGAGAUCACGGCCGAGACGGGAAACAAGGUGCACGCCGUGCAGUGCGACGUGCGGGACCCAGCGUCAGUGAAGGCGGCCGUGGAUUCCGCCGUGGAGGUUGCGGGGCUGCCCCAGGUGAUCAUCAACAACGCGGCGGGAAACUUUGUGUCCCCGAGCGAGCGUCUCUCCCCCAACGCGUGGCGCGCCAUCACAGACAUCGUGCUCAACGGCUCGGCCUUCGUCACGCUGCACCUGGGCAAGCGGCUCAUCCAGGCCGGCAAAGGUGCUGCGUUCCUGGCAAUCACCACCAUUUAUGCCGAGAGUGGCUCGGGGUUUGUUGUGCCAAGUGCAGCGGCUAAGGCUGGAGUGGAGGCCAUGUACAAGUCUCUAGCUGCAGAAUGGGGUAGGUAUGGCAUGCGGUUCAAUGUCAUUCAGCCCGGACCAAUCAGAACCAAGGGCGCGUUCAGCCGGCUCGACCCCUCGGGCAUGUUCGAGGAGGUCAUGCUGGAUCGGAUCCCCGUGGGCCGCCUCGGCACCAUGCCGGAGAUCGCCAACCUCGCCACCUUCCUGUGCAGCGACUACGCCAGCUGGGCCAGCGGCGCCGUGGUGAGGCUGGAUGGAGGAGAGUACGUGUCGAUGGCUGGGGAGUUUAACGGUCUCAAACAGGUCUCAAAGGAGCAGUGGGACAUGAUGGAGACAAUGAUUCGUAAGACAAAGGGCUCGUAAACCCAACACGUCCAGCGCGGAAAUCAAAAGUCACAGCAAAGUCGUGAAACAAAUUAACCAGGCACUGCCUCUGCAAACGGAGUAAGCGCUUAUCGAUAACUAGUUAAGUUGCACUUGCUGCAAAACUGUGGAAUUUCCACCGCCUAGCAUGGCUCAUUUGAGCAUGGUGACACUUCAGCCUUUGACUUUUUUCCAUAAAACUCUUAAGUGCCUUAAAAUGUUUCUGUUUAUAAGAAAAAUGUGAAUUUCAAAAUUGUAUGCAAUAUAUGGAUAUAAGCCAACAGUAGGCUCUCAUUAAUCAGCCUGAACACAAUCAUGCCUGUGAAAUUACGCCAAGGAAAUGUGGGUCCAGGUUGUCCGGUAUUAAAGGAGAAACCCACAAUG